CCAUCCUGUUUGCAUCUUAGAGCCUAGCAAUGCCGUUUGGGUGUGUGACUCUGGGUGACAAGAAGAACUAUAACCAGCCAUCUGAGGUGACUGACAGAUAUGAUUUGGGACAAGUCAUCAAGACCGAGGAGUUCUGUGAGAUCUUCCGGGCCAAGGACAAGACGACGGGCAAGCUGCAUACCUGCAAGAAGUUCCAGAAGCGGGAUGGCCGCAAGGUGCGGAAGGCGGCUAAGAAUGAGAUUGGCAUCCUCAAGAUGGUGAAGCACCCCAACAUCCUGCAGCUGGUAGAUGUGUUUGUGACCCGCAAAGAAUACUUCAUCUUCCUGGAGCUGGCCACGGGGAGGGAGGUGUUUGACUGGAUCCUGGACCAGGGCUACUACUCGGAGCGAGACACGAGCAACGUGGUGCGGCAGGUCUUGGAGGCUGUGGCCUACUUGCACUCACUCAAGAUUGUGCACAGGAACCUCAAGCUGGAAAACCUGGUCUACUACAAUAGGCUGAAGAACUCAAAGAUCGUCAUCAGUGACUUCCACCUGGCUAAGCUAGAGAAUGGCCUCAUCAAGGAGCCCUGUGGAACCCCGGAGUAUCUGGCACCGGAAGUGGUAGGACGGCAACGGUAUGGACGUCCUGUGGACUGUUGGGCCAUUGGUGUCAUCAUGUAUAUCCUGCUUUCAGGCAACCCACCCUUCUACGAGGAGGUAGAGGAAGACGACUAUGAGAACCAUGACAAGAAUCUCUUCCGCAAGAUCCUGGCCGGGGACUAUGAGUUUGACUCUCCGUACUGGGACGAUAUUUCCCAGGCAGCCAAAGACCUGGUCACAAGGCUGAUGGAGGUGGAGCAGGACCAGCGGAUCACAGCGGAAGAAGCCAUCUCCCACGAAUGGAUUUCUGGCAAUGCCGCUUCUGAUAAGAACAUCAAGGAUGGGGUCUGUGCCCAGAUUGAAAAGAACUUCGCCAGAGCCAAGUGGAAGAAGGCUGUCCGAGUGACCACUCUCAUGAAACGGCUUCGGGCACCAGAGCAGUCUGGCACAGCUGCAGCCCAGUCUGCUUCAGGCACUGCUGCUCCUGGGGCAGCUGGUGGGGCCAUUGCUGCAGCCGCAAGCGGAGCUGCCGCCCCAUCCUCUGGGGCCGGUGCUGCUGCAGGCACAGAGGGUGCUGCCAAGAGUGAUAACAUAGCUUCUGCAGAUCGUAGUGCCACCCCGGCCACAGAUGGCAGUGUCACUCCAGCCACAGAUGGCAGUGUCACCCCAGCCACUGAUGGGAGCAUCACCCCAGCCACUGAUGGAAGUGUCACUCCAGCUACUGACAGGAGUGCUACACCAGCUACUGACGGGAGAGCCACACCAGCCACAGAAGACAGCACAGUGCCCACGCCAGCUGCAAAGGCAGCUGCCACCCCUGAGCCGGCUGUGGCCCAGCCGGACAGCACAGCCCUAGAGGGUACCACAGGCCAGGCUCCACCCUCUAGUAAAGGAAAAGAGCCUAUUGGCUGUGCCCAGGAGUCUCAGAGGGAGGAGACAAGCUGAAUGGGCAGCCAGUUGGGGGGUUUUGAGGGAUGGGAAAGAGGGUGGGAGUAUGGAUGAGGGGCUUCUCACUGUAUAUAGAGUCACUGGCAUGAUGCCCUAGCUCCCCCCGCCCCCCAAGCUCCCUCAUCCCAGUGGGGCAUGCCUGGGGGCCAUGGGAGAGCAGUCUCGUCUCCUGUGUGGAUGUGUGUGAGUGGUGGGCAGGCCAGAGGCAGGGCCAGCCCCAGCCCCUGCAUGGAUUCCUCGUGGCUUUCCCGUCUUUCGCUUAGCUUCACCAGUUUCUGUUCCUUGUGGGAUGCUGCUCUAGGGAUUCUCAGGGGGUCCUUGCUCUCCUCCUUCUCCUUCCCUUCCUCAUCAUUUCCCCAGGCAGGCCCUGCAAGUCUCAUACUUUCCCAGGCCCUAAAUUGGAUGGCCUUGCCCUGAGAGCUGGUCCUCCAGCGAGGCCCUGUCAGCAGUGUUAGGCUCCUGCACAUGAAGGUGUGUACCUGUGGCGUGCGGGCUGCUCUAGUAGGCACUGGCUGCUAGAGAGGACGCAGAAUUCUAGGG